AUGAUCACACUAGCCGGAAACAAGAAAAACUUGAUGCUGCGAAAAGGAUACACAUUUAGUCUACAUUACUCCAGAGAACCUUACCAGCGCUGGCGCUGUACCACGGGAAACUGCAAAGCGCGCAUGCGCAUGACCACCCGCGGGCAAUUGCUGAAAACGUUCGAUACUCACAAUCAUCCACCGCCACAUUACGUUAAAUUAAGCAACGGAAUGAACUUUCUUGUGGACAAAGCGCGCCGGCUGAAGGGGUGUCGAGCUGCUGCCGUGAGCUUUGAUAAUCAAAUAGUGGCUAUGAAACCCCAUGACCAUAUACCACCCAAAUUACCAUCCAACUUUAUUGAGACCGAUACGCUUGUAAAUCCACAUAUCAAUCAAUCGUUUUGA